AUGCUCUCUAAAUCGACAGAGGUCUACGCCGAUCAUGGCAUGCCCAUCGAGUGCGACAUUUACACCAGCAGCGAUUACCCCGAAGACGCACCUGUCUUUCUCUACUUCCACCCUGGAGGAUUGGUAGAUUGGGGCCGCGACUGUCUCGCGCCCUGGCUGGUUCAAGCAUGUGCGCAGAGGAAAUGGCCGCUCAUCAGUGCGAGCUAUCGCCUGAUGCCCCAAGUUGGCGCCCGCGGACUGCUCGACGACGUCACGGCAGCGUAUAAGUUUGCACGAGAAUGGAAUGCGCCUGAGGGAAGAGAACGUCGGGUUAUAGUCGGCGGUGCUAGUGGUGGAUUCUUCACCACUGUAUUGAUCGCGCAUCACUGCACUCCGCCGCCUCUCGCUCUCUUUUCCAUCUCGGGGAUCGCCACGUUUCGACACCCCUUCUUCAACUCGUCCACUCUUCGUACCCCCGAACCCAUCCUGGACGCCGACAUGGCACCAGUCAUCGCGCUCCCUCUUGUCGUUGGCAAGACGCCAAUCGGAAGCCCGACAGCCUUUGUUCUCGAAAUGCUUCUGGCCGAUGCAUCCAAGAACCCGGACUACAAGCAACCUGCUGAGCCGGUAGAACAGCCCAGGACCAAGCUCUAUCGGGGCAAUCUAUACGAGUACUACAUCUACAAGAACGCAUGGCUAGAUUUGGUAGGCGAAGUAGACGUGGGGUAUGACUGGGCAAAGGACCCUGCGAACAAGCCACGGGUCGAGAGAUGGCCACCCACGGUUAUCUUCCACGGGGAUGUUGACCCAGAUGUUCCCUUGAGCGUCAGCCAGCAGAUGCAAGAGUCCUUAGGCGACGAAAAGGUCAAGCUCUUCGUGGUAGAGGGUCAGUCGCAUCUGUUUGAGUUGAUGAACUUUAUCGAGGAUGAUGGGCCCGGGAUGAGCGUUGUGCGAGAUGCCAUGAACUGCUUGGAGGAGAUUGUCGCACAAGCCAAGUGA